UCGGAAAUUUUCCUGCCAUAAAGAAGUGUAUGUUACACUUAUUAUGAAUUAAUUUGAUAAUCGUGACGUAAAGCUGCAAGACGUUGUACCUACGUUUCUAUGGGAUAGUAUUUCGUUGUGUAAUAGACAAUAAAGUGGGCGCUGACUAUCCGAAGGUCGAAGGAUUUAAUGUCUCAGUUCAUUUGGUAAACGAUUCGUGUUUUAUUGUCAGCUAGUUACUGAAUUUGUAGCAUGACUUAUUGUACGUAAAGUGCCGCAGAAAUUAUAUCUGACUUCGAGGAAGUUUACGUUCUGAGUUAAAAUAUUUGUGAAGUCUGGACAAUUACGUUUUUAUACAAGACAACCAGUGUUAAAUGUGUGUGCAGCGUAAGAGAACAAACUCCAGAUUAUAGGAAAUCUGCUUCACAUGCGGCUUAGAGUGUGAUAUAUUGGGAUACAAAACAUUUUACAAUGCCCUUGUUUGGUAAAUCUCAGAAGAGCCCUGCAGAAGUAGUUAAGGCGUUAAAAGAAGCCGUCAAUGCACUGGAACGAGGAGAUAAAAAGGCUGAAAAAGCACAAGAAGAUGUCAGCAAGAAUCUGGUACUCAUUAAAAAUAUGUUGUAUGGGACAUCAGAUGCAGAACCACAGACUGAUAUAAUUGUUGCACAACUAGCUCAGGAACUAUAUAACAGCAAUUUACUACUUCUGCUGAUUCAGAAUUUGAAUCGCAUUGACUUUGAGGGAAAGAAGGAUGUCGCUCAAGUUUUCAAUAACAUACUACGUCGACAGAUUGGAACUAGGUCACCUACUGUGGAGUAUAUAUGUACGAAGCCGGAAAUACUUUUUACUCUUAUGGCUGGGUAUGAGCAUCAAGAAAUUGCACUUAAUUGUGGAACAAUGUUAAGGGAAUGUGCACGAUAUGAAGCACUAGCAAAAAUAAUGCUUUAUUCAGAUGAAUUUUUUAACUUCUUUCGAUAUGUUGAAGUUUCAACAUUUGAUAUAGCUUCAGAUGCCUUUUCGACAUUCAAAGAACUCCUUACACGCCACAAGCUGCUUUGUGCAGAGUUCUUGGAGUUGAAUUAUGAUAAAGUCUUUUCCCACUAUCAGAGACUUCUGAACUCUGAAAACUAUGUAACACGUCGACAGAGUUUGAAAUUGCUCGGUGAACUUCUGCUGGACAGACAUAAUUUCACAGUUAUGACAAGAUACAUAUCGAAUCCUGAUAAUUUGAAACUAAUGAUGAAUAUGUUGAAAGAAAAAUCCAGAAAUAUUCAGUUUGAAGCCUUCCAUGUUUUCAAGGUAUUUGUUGCAAAUCCAAACAAACCGAAGCCAAUUUUGGACAUAUUGCUGCGAAAUCAAGAGAAGCUAGUAGAGUUUCUCACGCGCUUUCACACGGACCGAUCAGAGGAUGAACAAUUCAAUGAUGAGAAGGCAUAUCUUAUUAAACAGAUAAAAGAGCUGAAGCCUUUGGCAGACCACUAACAGCAGGACAAUCUGGCAGUCUAGUGUUAGAAAAAAAAGUGCAUAUUAAUAUUGCAAACAAGAAAAGUUGCUUCCAUUAUUUUGUGAACAUACAAAACACAGGAAAUAAUGUUCCACAAAUAGCACCUCUGUUCCCAGCUUGGCAAUAGAGAUAUGAGGGUUUCACAAAACAUUUGACACAUAUGUGAAUUUGGCCUGCGUGUGUGGGUUCUUUAUUUGAAAUAAACUAGUCCCACUUAAACUACUGCUGCUACUACUGCACUUCCACUGUGGAAAAUUUUCACAUCUUUUCCAAGCUCACCAAGAUGGAAAGAUCUGAAAGUUUGCUUCUAGAUCUUUAGCAUAUCUAAACUGUUGAAGUUUCUCUUCUUUUUUCCUGUUUUAGUGGGUGAGUAGACACAAAUAUAACCGGAUACAAUAGCAUAUUUGAAUUGAUUUUAAAUCUUUCAUUGUAUUAGUAUUUAGUUGCAGAAGUGAAAUUAAUAAAAUUUAUUAAACUUAUUUCAUAUCUGCUGAAGCUAAAUUAUGUUUGUUGUUAUUGUGAAAUUAGUCCAUAAGACUUUGAGUUAUUGAUCGUGUUGGCUCAUACAAUGUUGCUUGAAAAGGAAGAAGGAAAAUCCAAAACCUAUGUUAAAAUAACUUGUUAGCUGUGACUGAAACCAGCAUCAGUUAUAAAUUUUAGAACAGCUACUAAAAUUUUUAAGAAGCAUUAUGCAUAGUACAGCAAUGGUGCAAUUACUGUUGUACAGUAGUGCUGAUCUGCAGUAUCAAAAUAAUAUUGUUCAGUUUUUAAGGACUUAUGUUGAUUGUGUUUUAAUGUAUAUAUGAUUGUUGUCUUUUACUUGUAGUUCUGUAUUAUAAAACUAAAUUUAGUAUAAACAUUUUUAAGAGAGACUUUGUUACAGUCUGGUUGAUUGUGACAGUGUUUGUCUAUUGACAGUUUAGAAAGAGCUGUUUUAACAUGGACUUAAAACAAACACAUUUGCAAAAAAUUCAUCAGGAUGAUUUUUUUAAGAGAGAACAAUUUUUGGAAAUAAAGUGACCCAUUUUGUUUCAUACAUCUCCCUUGAAAACAUGUGCUUUAUAUUUAAAAAUGUGGGAGAGAUUUGAUUGAAAUAAACUACUGUCUGCAGAUAA